AUGAUGUCGUCGAAGUACUUUAUCGUUGCUAUAUCUUUAAUAUAUGUUACAGAAUGUAUGGCUCAAGUUUACGAGAGUCACUCAGCUGAGACUGGUCCAGUAAUCAAACCGGCGGUUGUAAAACAUGAUUUUAUUACACAAACUGUAUACGGGUUUUUGGAUUUCACGACUACUAUAGGAAAUACGGUGAUGGUGUUCAGCCCACAAAGCGCACCGCCAGAUGGUGGAAAGGAAAAGAAAAACAGUGUUUCCAUUAUUCAAACGAAACCCAGUGAAACGCAAGAAAAAGUGGUUCCUGAUAUUCAACCAAGCAAAACGUAUAAGACAAAUUCCAUGGAAGAAACGAAAAAUCAAGCGAAAGGCACGAAGAUUAUUGUGAAUCCUGCGAUCGAACAGAACAUUAUUAAUUCUUCUGAAGAUAAUGGAUUACGGCCCCAAAAAACUCAGGAACUAAACAUUCAAACGCAGAUAAUGACAAAGAGUUCUGUAUUGCCCUCGCAAAUACCAGUAAAAUCGAAAGACGAAACGCCUGUCGUAAAGAAUAAUCUUGCGGAACCUGAGUAUGACUUUCUGUCGAAACAACCUGCAGAAGUAAUUGAUGAGACGUACAAGCUGAUUAAUCUGAGACCUUCUACGAAAGGUCAUGUGAAACCUAGACCUACAGCUCGACGAGAGAAAGAGAAUCCAACUGGCCUGGUUACGAAACUUGGUGGCACUAUUGUGAAGGAUGGACUGACUACUGUUCACGAAACUAGUGUGAUCGGUACUUACAUAAAUGGCAAAUAUGCCCAAGUGCUUCAAAGUUCGUCAAGAAUUCUUUCCGGUACGCCGCCGGUGCCUGAGGGCAAAAUUCGUCCAUCUAAUACUCAACGAAUCUUGAAAACUAUUGGACCACAGCAAGGAAAACUAAAACCGCAACUAGAACCCACACCAACGAAUCAACAAGAGGAAUCAUCACUACCCUUGGAAGUUCUAUUUAGUGCCCCAGGUGGGUCUACGGUUAGAAGCACCCGAAAGAAUUCGAAUUCAAAUUCAGCACGUCCAAAAUUCCGCAAUAAAAUUAACGAUGAUUACGAUACCAGUGCCGAAGUGCAACAGACGAAAUCGACUAAAAAUCGAAGCAGUACAACCUCGAGACCAAGUUAUAAAAAUAGAAGUCCUCCAACAACAACGACAGAGGCACCCAUUACUCGUCGGCGGACCGGCUUUCGACCAAAUAAUCAGCCGAUUUUGCCUUCGAAACUAAGCAAUAAAAAUAAAAACGAACAACAACCGGUCAGUCCCAACCCUGUGCCGAAAUUGAAACUGCCAAGAACGCAGGGUCGCUGGUCUUACAAAACGACUCCUAAACCAAGAAUCGUUAUUAGAAAGCAAGUGGACGUUGAGGAUGAGCAGCGUUCGGCGCCAGAAACUAGCCCGAUCCCGCUAAACGUGGACGAUAACAAAACUAUCACGGCUUCUGUUUCCACAUCCACUACCACAACUACACCUAUGACUGGUCAGACUAAUCCUCAGAGGAAAAUUCAGGAAGUAGCAAACGAUGAUGAAUUAGAUCCAAGCGAAAGCGAGGAUGUGGCCAGUAUCAGCAUCCAAGAUCAACAACAUUUUGAACAAAUCUUACCGAUUGAAACGGUUAAUGUUGAAAUUUCGACAGCUGCUGACAUCAGUAACGCAUAUUUUGAAAUUGCUACCAUUAAAUCACCAUAUACAUUCCAGGUUGGAACCUUAAGGAAUACACGCUAUGUCACGGUAACUUCAACAAUGAAGAAAUCAUUUAUGACGGCAGGGCCAUCUACUGCGAUAUCACCAACAGAACCUCUAACGGAGAAUCUUCUGGCUAAUACUGCAGCAGCGUAUGAAACAACGUUACCGUUAGAUUCAGCCGUAGCAACUUUACCAGCCAUAUCUCUGGAAUCUGGCCAAGCGACCCCACCAUUGGAAAUUUUGACGGAAACCUUCUCGACCACCCAGACUCUCUUAAAAACCCACUUGCUUCCAGUAAUUUAUGGUGGUAACACAACAAAAUUAACACUCGUACAAACAUACAAUAUCGCACGUGUGGUUACUGCGACGAAGACUCUACCUCCGAUGGACAUCUAUCAAUUUAUUCCCAGCAAAGCAUUAAACGAGUUCAACUCCAAACUUGAUGAAGCUGGUAGUGAACUUCAUCUGGAAUUAGACGUUGGUGACGAAGACAGAGAUGACGAUGAUAUUCCCAAAAGAGUGGUGGCUCCAAGUAGCAAUAUGGAUUCUGACCUGGAGCCUUUCAAAUCCAUUUCAGCAUCAAAGGUAAAGUCGGAAACACCAAGCAGCAGUUCCAUUGAAUCUCAACUAUCCCCCGAUCAGCUGGCUCUGCUAAAAUACUUCGGUCAGCAACAGCAGCCACAGGUGAUCACCACUUCGCGACCAAUAGUUGUUCUCGACACUCUUUACGAGUCCCACGUGAUUCCAGUGGUGAAUAACGGAAACACAAUUUAUUCAACGUUAUCCAGGCCAGUCGGGACUGUGCCGCGGACGUCUUAUGAAUACGGAACAUCAACAAUUGCACCAGUUCUACCACCUCAACUACCGCCACAACUGCCACCACAAUUGCCGCCACAAUUGCCGCCACAAUUGCCGCCACAAUUGCCUCUAUUUCCACAGCAACCACAGUUUACUGUGACAAGCACUCCCCUGAUCACGCAAACACUGGCGACUAUGUCCGACUCUAGAAUAUUAAAACUGACAUUUGGAGCGAAAACGGCAUACACUACUUUAUUCUCUAGCAGAGUAGUGCCAACCGAGGUCACCACUUAUGUUACAACUACCGUACCUGUGCAACCAACUGUCCCAACCUUUCCAGGUUACUAUCCCCCGCCUGUUGGCUACCCACCUUUCUCCUUUGUAGGGUAG